AUUUCUCUAUGCCACAGACGCCAAAUGUCGCCAUCGAUCAAUGACAUUUUGUAAAGUUGAAUUUAUUGAUAUAAAGCGUUAAUGUAAAUAAUAAACAAUUUAAUCAUAAACGUCGACUUCCAGUCGAUAUGUAUGCCAAGGGCAAAGGCUCUACGGUGCCUUCGGACGCUCAGGCUCGCGAAAAGUUGGCCCUCUAUGUGUACGAGUACCUGCUUCAUGUUGGGGCUCAGAAGGCGGCGCAGACGUUUCUCUCAGAAAUACGAUGGGAGAAGAACAUAACGCUCGGGGAGCCGCCGGGGUUCCUGCAUUCGUGGUGGUGCGUGUUCUGGGACCUGUACUGCGCGGCGCCCGAGCGCCGGGACACUUGCGAACACUCCUCUGAGGCUAAGGCCUUCCAUGACUACGGCUUCGUUAAUUCUGGCUAUGGAGUGAACGGGAUUGGACACAAUGCCGGUCCUGCGCCUCCUAACGACGGCAUGGGUGGCGGCGGCAUGCCACCCGGCUUCUUCCCAAACUCCUCACUCCGGCCAUCACCGCCCGCACCUCACCCCGGCUCACAGCCGUCCCCGCACGGCCCGCAGCCACAGCUCAUGGGGUCGCAGCCCUUCAUCGGACCUUGGUACUCCAGCGGACCCCGCCAGCCUGUCAGGAUGGGGAUGGGCAACGAUUUUAACGGACCGCCAGGUGGUAUGAUGGGGAACUCGAUGGAGCGGGGCGGCGGCGGCGCGGCGGCGCUGCUGGGGCCGCGCAUGACCCCGCCGCGGCCGGGCUGCGGGCCGAUGUCCCCCGGCGCAUACUCCGGCAUGCGCGGCCCCCCGCCGCAGGGACCAGGUAUGCCACCAAUGGGUAUGGGUCCCCGCGGCGCCUGGGCGGGGGGCGGCGGCGGCGGCGCGGCGCCGCUCAACUACAGCGGCGGCUCGCCCGGCUACGGAGCCCCGCCGGGCUCCAACGGGCCGCCCGGCCCGCCCACGCCCAUCAUGCCGAGCCCGCAGGACUCCUCCAACUCAGGGGGCGACAACAUGUAUACACUGAUGAAACCGGUCGGCGCAGCGCUCGGGGCGGAGUUCCCGCUGGCGGGGGAGCACCCCGCGCCCCCGCACUUGCCACAACCCCCGGCUACUGAAGGGCUCGGCGGUGUGGACGGCAUGAAAUCGUCCCCGGGCGGCGUGGGCGGAGGCCCAGGGACUCCGCGCGAGGACUCGGGCUCCGGUAUGGGGGACUACAACUUAAGUUUCGGAGGGCCGGGCGGUGACCAGAGCGACCAGACAGAGUCCGCCGCCAUCUUGAAAAUCAAAGAGAGCAUGCAAGAGGAAGCGAAGCGGUUCGAGAAGGAUCCAGACCAUCCGGACUAUUUCAUGCAGUGAAUUUGUUAGCCGGCCGCCAACUUGCCAAAAUUCGGUAUCGAUUUCGGUUUCGGCUAAA